GGAAUUAUUAGCCAAUGACGGUGCUGACUGAUGAUGUAAUGUCUUUGGCUGGCACUCCAUUGGUUAAGUGUAUUGUUUCUCUUGCUUCAGCUGUACCAGAGCUGGAAGACAAGGGUUAAUAAUUUGUGGCAGCAGACAGAGCUCACUCUCUCCCUUUUUUUUCCAGUUCCCCUUAUGCUAGGUGUGAGUAUAUAGCAGAGCCCAGCAGACUGUUGCCCUUCUUCCAAUAAACAGCCUCGCUCUCCUCCUUACCUCCCCCCAAGCAGAGCACAUGUCUCCGUAGUACUACGGAGGAGGAGAAGGAGGAGGAAGAGGAGGCGGAGGUGGAAGAGGAGGAGAAGGAGGAGGAUUCUUAAGAGAAGAGAGAGCCCUCUCAAAGUUCCAUGCUGCAGUCUCUCGCUGCAGUCUCUCCUUGCCAUCGGGACGGGCACAGCCCCAGGUCCCUCUGAAUGAAUUGAUAAACUGCCACCUGCUUCUGAGCAUUGUUGAACCUGGCAGAAUCCUCAGAACCAGGAGGAGGACAGCCAAGGCAGCUGGAGCCGACUGCUGGCCGUGCAGAAUUCCCCGGGCUCUUCUGGCCCCAAGUCCUACCACUGCCUCCACCUUGGGCUCACCAAGCCACGCCUGAGUAGGAACAAGCCAUCUCCACCUACAGCCAUGAAUUUCCUCCGGCGGCGUCUCUCCGACAGCAGCUUCGUGACCAACCUGCCCAAUGGCUACAUGUCGGACCUGCAGCGCCCAGAUAGCUCCACCAGCUCCCCGGCCUCCCCAGCCAUGGAAAGGAGGCACCCCCAGCCCCUGGCCGCCUCCUUCUCCUCUCCAGGAUCCAGCCUGUUUAGUUCCCUCUCCAGUGCCAUGAAGCAGACCCCGCAGGCCCCCGCGGGGCUGAUGGAGCCUCUGGGCCCCUCCGCACCUGUUGUCCAAAGACCCAGGAUCCUGUUGGUGAUCGACGAUGCACACACAGACUGGUCGAAGUAUUUCCACGGAAAGAAGGUGAACGGAGAGAUUGAGAUUCGAGUGGAACAGGCCGAGUUCUCAGAGCUGAACCUUGCCGCCUACGUGACCGGGGGCUGUAUGGUGGACAUGCAGGUCGUGAGGAAUGGGACCAAGGUGGUGAGCAGAUCCUUCAAGCCAGACUUCAUCCUGGUCCGCCAGCACGCCUACAGCAUGGCCUUGGGCGAAGACUACCGGAGCCUGGUCAUCGGCCUGCAGUACGGGGGGCUGCCCGCCGUCAACUCUCUCUACUCCGUCUACAACUUCUGCAGCAAGCCCUGGGUGUUCUCUCAACUCAUUAAGAUCUUCCAUUCCCUGGGCCCUGAGAAGUUCCCGCUGGUGGAGCAAACAUUUUUUCCCAACCACAAGCCAAUGGUCACGGCCCCACACUUCCCUGUGGUGAUCAAGCUGGGACAUGCCCACGCUGGAAUGGGAAAGAUCAAAGUGGAAAACCAGCACGACUACCAGGACAUCACCAGCGUGGUGGCCAUGGCCAAAACCUACGCCACCACUGAGGCCUUCAUCGACUCCAAGUACGACAUCCGCAUCCAGAAAAUCGGAUCCAACUACAAGGCCUACAUGAGAACCUCCAUCUCUGGCAACUGGAAGGCCAACACAGGAUCUGCCAUGCUGGAGCAGGUGGCCAUGACAGAGAGGUACAGGCUGUGGGUAGACAGCUGCUCGGAAAUGUUCGGCGGCCUGGACAUCUGUGCCGUCAAGGCCGUCCACAGCAAGGACGGCAGAGAUUACAUCAUUGAGGUCAUGGACAGCUCGAUGCCCCUGAUCGGAGAGCACGUGGAGGAGGACAAACAGCUCAUGGCCGACCUUGUCGUCUCCAAGAUGAGCCAACUCCUGAUGCCCGGAGGCACAGUGCCCUCGCCCCUGAGACCUUGGGCUCCGCAGAUGAAAUCAGCGAAGUCCCCAGGGCAAGCCCAGCUGGGACCUCAGCUAGGACAGCCCCAGCCGCGCCCCCCUCCACAAGUCUCCCCAGCCCCAGAGGUCCGGAAGCCCCUCCCAGCAGAGGCUGUCCCCGCAAGGCCAGCAGCCCCUGAGCCCCCAGUCCGGAUCUCCGCAGCAGCAAAGAUCGCCAGGCUCUCCGCAGCUGUCCCGGGCAUCCGGCGGCGCCUCCCCAAACCAGGCCCCCAAGCCGGGCGCCGCCCUCCCCUCGCAGCCCCGGCCCCCGGUGCAGGGCCGGAGCACCUCUCAGCAGGGCGAGGAGUCCAAGAAGCCUGCGCCGCCCCACCCCCACCUCAACAAAUCCCAGUCCCUGACCAACAGCCUCGGCACCCCCGACGCCGGCCAGCGCGGGACCCCGAGCGAGGACGAGGCCAAGGCGGAGACCAUCCGCAACCUGAGGAAGUCUUUCGCCAGCCUGUUCUCGGACUGAGCCGUCCAGGCUGGGGGGAGAGCGCUCACACCGCCCUGCCUCCGCUUCCUUCUCAGCCCGGGUUCCUGGCGGGAGCAGAACGCAGGGCCCGAGAACUUACUUUCUAAAUGCCUUCGACCCAGGAACUGAUUUUCCAUGUGUUCCCAUUUUCCUUCCCCAUGACACGCCAACAUUGUCUGACUGAGGGGUGGGCCUUGGGGAGCCUCUAGUUUCCCGAAAACAGGCCUGAACGACAGGCGUCACAUCCCCGCGCCCACCCACGUGCUUGCUUCCCUGCCAGAUGGACGAGUCCGCCUGCGGCUGGCUGGUUCUCACGUCUCUUGGUGUUUUGCUCGCCUUUGGGCGAAGGCCCCUCUGUCGAAUGCAGGCACGGUAGUUGGACCUCAGCAAUGUAGGAGGCAAUAACCUUUUAACAGUGCUUUGCAAACAGAAAGAGAAAAUCCCAGCCAGGGAAACCUACCCCCUGCCCGCGCUAGUUCCAUCCACACUCCAGACCUGCCCUCAGAGCAGGCAGGCAAAGGCCCGUCACACCUGGCCGCCAGCGGGGUUUUGAAGACAACAGGCAAAAUAACAGGCCCUGUGUGGCAAGUGGGGCCUUUCAGAACACAACAGAGAGAGGGGAAAUCCUAGCAAUGCUGCUCAUGCCCAGAGCAUUGUCCUCAAUUGGACAGCGAGAGAUCACAGGUUCUUACAGGAAUCCCAGAGGAGAAAGAGGCCCCGAACUUCCCAAGGGAAGAGCUAGGUUAGGAUUCCUGUCCCCAUUCUGUGUUACGCCACUGUUUGGUCUCUUUGGCCUCUCUCCAGGAAUGUUGUGCCCUCCUCAAAGAUCUAUCGGGAACUAGAGAGAAUCAACAGAUCAAUAACACAGGGUCAGAAAGUGCAGUGACAGUAACUUCCAGCUCAGCAUUUCAAAAACUCUGUGCAGCAAGGUGUUGUAGGUUACUCCGUUUCAAAAGGGUCCCGCGGUCAAAUAUAUUUAGGAAACACUGUUUAUGUUUCUUUUUUAGAGAUGCCUAGUACACAAUACAUGUCAAAGGCUUUUGGAAUUCCUGCAGGAAAGAAAUCAGCUCUAACUUUGUGCAACCCAAACUGAUUUGACUCAACAAGUGAACCGCAGAGCUGGAAAAUGUAGUCUAGACUCCCUUCCCAGGGCUCUUCCCCUACACCAGACUGCCUCUCCUGCUCAGGUGGGGUUCAGGGGUGUCCCAAGUCACCAAGCACCUGGUGCUAGAAACAUCAUAGGUGCCAGAAGCAGCCUCUUGGUAUCAAAGAGAGCCCAGGACACUAGAACUUAGCUGUGUUAUCCCCUUACUGCCCUUUGCAAUCUGAGGUGUGUCUUCCUCUGUCCGCAAAGAAGGGAGAGAGGGAGGUCAAAAUUGACCUAGGGCAGCUUCUAGUUAUGCCCAAGCGAUGUAGACUGCUUGGCAAUCAGCUGACAGCCAUCCAGGUUCCCAGGAGCAUAAAAGCAGUCAUCUCUUUUGUGGUCCUCCAAAACCAAACUGGAGUAGCGAGAAUAGGCCAGAGCCCCGCUCCUUCUGUGUGCAUCGGGUCACCUAGAACACUUGAGCUCAGAAGAGCCUGCCUCCAGGCUAUCUUUCCACAGGCUGCAGGCUGGAGACGGGCUCAGUAUCCGAAGUGCUGGCUUUGUGCCUGGCUGCAGAGACCCACCUGGCCUUCAGGGGCGUCCUCUUUCGCUUUGCCCUCUUCCCUCCCUCAUGAUCAGGUCGGUAUUAAGAGCAAGAGAGCCCUGGCUAAUCCAGAUGUCCUCCCUCUCCUUGUGUUCAGGACCUCUGGCUGUGGACUCAGUAGUAAGUAGCAUUAAGUAGCCCUGGCAUAAGAAAGAUCAGAGAGGUCCAAUUGCCAGUGGCCGCUGGGAGCCAUAAUUCAGCAGCUGGAGACUGGGGGCUGAAGCCUGCUCAGCCUUGGCUAGGGCCAGCAGCAAAUAAAAUGGCCAUUGCGUGAGGUGAGAGGUGAACAGGUGAGGGCCCAGCACUCUUUCCAGUACCCCAAAACCCCACCACCCCUAUUCUGUGCUCGGUUGAGUUCUGUGUCUGUGGGACGGUCGCUGCUGGCGUGUCUGGGCUCACUCUGCCCAGGACCACACCUCGCUCCUUUCCGCCCAGCCUAUGCGGUGCCACAGAACAGGCUGGCCAGGAGCCGCCAGAACCCCUCCCGGCGUGGCUGAGAGCACCCAGUGGGCAGGCACCACGCUCACCACGUCCUUCUAGACCCUCCAGGUGGGUAGAGGUGGGAGCCUUGGGGUCAACACCCCCACAACCAUGCUUUUGGGGGGCUCAGAGGAGGAUAGGAAUUAAAUCACAGUUUAUCAUUUCGUAGAACUUUGCUUCUUCCUCCUUCUCCUGCUCCUGCUGCUGACUUAACCCUUUCACCACUCCUUAGCAACUUGUGAAGACAGCCAGGUGGGGCAGACGGAAAGAAGACAGGAAGUGAAACUCAAAAUGUCAAAUGCAGGUACUUUCUUAAACCUGUUUAACAGAAGAGAGUGUAAAUAUUGAUUCCCAUAGGUUUGGUGAUGAGCCACCCCAGUCAAGGAUCCUUACGUCCUGUUACUUAAACACACACACACACACACAAAAAAAAAAAAAAAAAAAAAAAAAAAACAUGCCUAGAAAAUCACUGGGAAUUGACAACUGUACAUCCAAAAUCCCAUCACCAAAUGUUCAGUUCAUAGUUCUCUUUUUAGGGGGUCUCUGCAGACCUGCUUCAAGAGGAAAACUGCUUCCUCGCUCGGCUCUGAGAAGUGAGGGGUCACUAAUAUAAAUCACACGCUGAGGGAUCCAAAGUACCAUCCUCUCAGCUUGAAGGUCCCGGGUCCCUCCUCUCUCUCCUGACAAUGGCAGUUGAGGUUGCCCCAGUAGAAGGACCUGGGGACCCUGCCCCUAGGAGUCUGUUACAAGAUUCAAGCACAGAGAGUUAUAGCACUUGAAAUUUGUUCUCUUCCACUUAAAAAAAAUCCCCUCCCCUCAUUACUCAGGAGUAGAUCUCUCAAAGAGAUAAUGCUGUUCCAUAGUCUAAAUAAAAGGGUGGGAGAAAAGACGUAGGGCAGGGCGUAAUACCACAGUUUCAGGGGAUUAAGAACACAGGAAACAUCUGUGGCAAUCAUCAUUCUUCAACAAUUUCACCCAGUUCUCACUUGGUAAUAAACUACAGCUCAAAACACACAACUGAGCGGUAAUAGGCUAGAUGUUUCUCAAAGUGUGGGCUAUGGCCGUGUGCAGAACUACAAAUUACAGAGGCAGAUGAAGCUUCAUUUCAGACCUAAGGAGUCAGAAUUUGUGGACAUAGGGCCCAGAAUUGCAUCUUUGUCAAUUGUGCCAAGUGUUUUGAGUGCACAUUGAGUUAGACCAGCUGCCCUGAGCUGAGCUGUGUGGGAAAAUGACUACACAAGAAGUGGUACUGGUAUACCCAGUGCAUUGCAGUCACCAGGGUGCUAGGGACCCACUCCCAGCUGAGCAAAACUAGAGGCUCCGUAAACAACGACCACAUGGCCUAAACUCUCCCGCUUUCCUAUAUUCUGUCCCUUGGCCCUAGAAACAUCUCAGCAUUCAGAGCGUAUCUCCCAGAUACUCCAUCAACAGUAGCACAAACUCUUUGCAAAGUCAGUAUCAGGCCCAGGCAUCCUGAUUCUUACAAGCAUGCACAGAUACACCUAGACAAGGACAUAACACUAUUUUAUGACCAACACAUUCGAAUGGUUUUCCCAUUGGCCUAUGUGUGAAUGUAGAGACCAAGAAUGUAUAGGUCUCAUGGAGACCAUAGAGCCCAAAAAUGGACUAUUUACUCACAUAGGCUAGCACGUGUUCCUUCCAAAAAUUUAACCUUUAAUAAUUGUGACAUUUUGAAAUGGGAAAGGGCAAAAAGAAGGGGAGAGGGGGUCACUCUGUAUAGAUUCUGAAAGGUUAUGUUUGUUGUUUUUUGCUUUGUUUCGCAACUUUGACCCAAAGAAAGGCUAGCGUUUUCCUUCCAGGCUGACUCAGUGAAGCCGAAAAACAACAAAGACCCAUUUGAUUUGUGCACAAUGAACAGGGAUUUAAAAAUGCAGCCUCAGUGGACACCUCUACCAGCCAGAUAAAAUUUCUUCCAGCUCUUCCUCCUAUCAGCAUGAUAAAAUGGUACUGUGUACUCUGGUGAAGUGCAAAAUCAGGGACAUUCCAGGGACACUGGAAUAUCUCUGUCCUUUCACUUCCAUCAGUCCCCUACGCUCUCUUCCUUACUGCAUCCCCUCCUAACACCCAGGCCCUGCUGGUAGGCAGCCAGGCCUACCUUUCCAGAAUUUCAGGGGUGAUGGGUCUUCACUCACAUGAUAACAAAUACGGCAGCAAACCCCAUGAAACUGAACAGCAACCGCCUUCUGGAAGUUCUCAUCUGAGUUCCCUGAGGAUGGGAGAACGGAGAGGGGAGAGCAAGCUGGUGCAGGUGUCUCCCACAUGAGCCAUGUGAGCACGGCACAGGCGUGCUGCUGGGCACACGGCAGGUGUUCAGGACGUGUUUUAGGUAGGCCCCACCCCCACCCUAGAAAACUAUGAAAUUAAUAAAAUGCAAACAAAGUAUUAAGAUUGAA